UGCAAGUAGGCCGACGGUGCUGCCACCUUGAAAACAAAAACAACCGAAAACAACCCAAUCUCCAUGGAAAAUUGUGCACUUACCCGCUUCAAUUUUUGCAAAAUUCUCAACUUUUGAGAAGGUGCUUACCCUGAUGGGCAACCACUAAAAUGGAAGAGAAGAAGGAAGAAAAAGAGAAACUGAAUUCGGCGGCUCCCAUGGCCGAGGACGGCCCUUCGUCCGGCAGCAAGGAUGACGCAGCCGAGGGUUCGUCCAAGAGCCCUACCAGAAAACCGGCCCAAGACGGUGAGCCGGCAGACGGCCCAGAGACCAAGACGCGACGGCUGGACAGUGACUCCUCCAUGUCUUCUGGAGUGUUCAAAAAGCGCUCUUCUUCCUCUCGAAGGAAUUACCGCAAAUCGUCCAGAGGCUCUGGUGACGAGUCAAGCGAUUCUGAAGAAGACACGGGUGCCCAGCCAACCGAACCUGAGCAACAACAGGUCGACAUGUCCGAGGACUCUAGUGACUCCGGACCUCUGAAUGCUAGACUUCGAGCCAUUGGAGGAGACAUAAGUAGUAGCAGCAGCAGUACUACUUCUGGUCCAGACAGUCCAGCAGGAAUCAUCGAUCGCCGCAAGUCAUCCGAGUCUGAAGGGAAUGAUGAGGACGAAUCGAUGCCAGUGGUGCUGACAAAAAGGAAGCCCUCUCACAAGUGGCAUAUGGUUCAAGAAGUAGCCUCAAGGCAAUAUGGAACGAGCACAAAGAAGCAGAUGCCAGUGCUCUUCACAGACAGGUUCUAUGGCUCGCGUCAUGCGGUCGAGCGACUUGAGCUCAUGUACAAGCUCGACGAACACCACGGAUGUGUGAAUGCCCUGAACUUUAAUGAGUCUGGUUCAAAACUAGUCAGUGGAUCGGACGAUAUGAGAGUCAUUGUGUGGGACUGGGCGAUUGGCAAGAAGUAUCUGGAGUUUGUCAGUGGACAUCGCAGCAAUGUCUUUCAGACCAAGUUCAUGCCGGGCAGCAACGACUCGUUGAUUGUGACAUGCGCCAGGGAUGGCCAAGUGCGUUUAGCCACUUUGUCCACAACAGGUACCUGCAGAGGCACUCGAAAGCUUGCCCAGCACAACCAAUCAGCCCACAAGCUGACACUUCACCCCGAGUGUCCAGAGGAAAUUCUCAGCGCAGGCGAAGAUGGUUUCGUCAUCAGCAUCGAUCUGCGCCAGCCAACCCCAAAUAAACUUCUACUUGUCCGAGAGGCAGGAAAGAAGGUACCUUUGUACAGCAUCAGCUCUCACCCUCUGGACCUGAAUGAGUUUUGUCUCGGUGGGCGAGAUCAGUUUGUCCGCUUUUACGACAAGCGUUACCCAAAACAGCUUGUUAAGAAAUUCAAACCCCAGCACAUGGUGCGUAAAAUUUUGGCAAGCUUUUCAGUAAUGGUUAUUUUUUUUAUAUUUCAGGGUGAUUCAAACACAAAUUGCCAGAUCACUUGCGCGGUCUACAACUACAAUGGCACAGAGGUUUUGGCCUCUUACAACGACGACGACAUUUUCCUCUUUGACACUCGUCACUCGGACGGAGCUGAUUACGUUCACAGAUAUGAAGGACACAGAAACAGUGCUACUGUGAAGGGAGUGAAUUUCUUUGGCCCAAGGAGUGAAUAUGUCGUUUCUGGCUCAGACUGCGGCAAUCUUUUCUUCUGGGAUAAAGAGACUGAAGCCAUUCUGCAGUUCAUGCAUGGCGAUGAAAAUGGAGUGGUUAACUGCUUGGAGCCCCAUCCUCAUGUGCCAAUUUUGGCCACAAGUGGUUUGGACGAUGAUGUGAAAAUCUGGAUUCCGUCUUAUGAAGAUGCGCCAGCCAUGGCUAACCUGAAGCAGACUGUGAUAAGCAAUUCAAAAGGACGAGUAGAUGAAAGGAGUGGCAACGCAGAGUCUUUUGAUGGUCAAAUGCUCUGGUACCUGUGGAGGCAGAUUCGAAGGAGCAAUGCCACAAGACGAGCACACCUCCGAGCGCAGAUGGCAACUGAGAACUCCGAGGGAGAAGUGGAGGGUGAGGCUGGAAACAUGAUCAGUUCCUCUAGUGAAGAUGGAGACGACGCAGACUCUGACGGGGAUGACGAAGAAGAGCCGAGAGCUGCUCGGGUCCAGUGCUCACCUUCAUAAUUCAGCUGCCAUGCUAGUGAAAGACUAAAAUUUUUGUUUCACACCAUUGUUACUUCAUUUUUCUACCACCCAGCAGGUAAUAUUUAUUCAUGAAGCUGAGAAAAGCAGUAAAUCGUGAAAAUUAUUUGAAAAAUUCAUCUUGAACAAAAGUCUUAAAACUUUUUAUAUUUAGAUAAACAAUAGCCCUUAAUAUCAGGGCAUGAGUUUACAGGUAUUUCCUUUUUCUUUUCACGGCUUCAUUGCAGUUGCAUCCAAUACCUAUCAGUUGAAAAUCUCUCUUUCCUAUUAUGCAAGUUUAUUCAGUUGUUACAAGUUGUUGGUUGUACGAAAAAUUUAUAACUAAAUAAAAUCAUUCGAUAAUUUGUCAAUCAAA